AUGUCGACGACAAUAACGGAAGUCGCACCAGCGGCCAGCGCGCCAGCAACCACGCAGCUCGAGUUGAUGACAGCGUAUGGCCCAGUCUUUCGAACGGUCUCAACAGCAGAUCCCCGAGAUUCUCUGCCGGGUGAAAUUCCAGUGAUUGACCUGAGCACAAUCUAUGACGGUCCAGAGGCUAGAAAAGCUCUCGCUGUCGGCAUCAAGAAAGCUGCCGAGGACAUCGGGUUCUUCUACAUCAAGAACCACGGCAUCAAGGAGGAUGUCAUCCAGAAAGCUGAAGAUCAAGCAUGGAGAUUCUUUCGCCAAAGUAGAGAGGAGAAGAUGAAGGUGGCGAAGCAAAAGUCGAAGUUCUUCAAUGGCUGGGCUUCUGUCGGAUCAGGCAAGAUCUCGCCAAGCGAGUCAAGAGACAAGAAAGAGGGCUUCCAGUGGAAGUACGAUCCAAGCAUCGAUCCAGAAUACAAGGAUCCGAGUAAGGUGCCACAAGAGGUGAAGGACUGGAUCAGAUCCGAGGAGUUUGUCUGGGAAGGCACCUCGCAUCUGCCGGAAUUCAAAAACGACGUGUUGGAGUAUUGGCGCUCGACUCUGACACUGGCUAGGCAGCUGAUCAAGGUGUUUGCAAUCUGCCUUGAUCUGCCAGAGGAUUACUUCAACGACCUCACGUCGUAUCCAGGAGCUGACGGCGUAUUCAACUACUACCCAGGACUGUCGCCAGAAUUGGCGCAAGGCAAUGGCCCAAUUGAUGUCGGCCUGGGAGCGCACACAGAUCUGCAGUGCUUGACCAUCCUGUGGCAGGACCAAGUGGGCGGCCUCCAGGUACUCAACAACCACGGGGAGUGGAUCAAGGCUCAGCCCAUCGCCAAUACUUUCGUCGUAAAUAUCGGUGACUUCUUGAUGAGGAUGUCCAACGGCCGACUCAAGUCCACCGUCCAUCGCGUCUACAACAGGACAACGCAAGACCGAUUGAGCAUGCCGUUCUUUCUGGGAUUUAACUUCAAUGAGAAGUGCUCGGUGUUGCCGACAUGCACAGAUGAGAAGAACCCUCCACAAUAUGAACCGAUAUCGUGCGGCGAGCUUGUCUCAGCAGGGGAUACUCUGCCUACAUUCUGGUCGGAUGACAUAGACCAGUGGAACUUCCAGGUCAAUAACAGCCAGCCAACCUUUCUGAAUGACACCGACCUCGACUGGUUCUGGCAAGAUUCGCUCGUUCCGCUUGAGCUGCCUUCGGACCAAGUGGUGUCGCCCGGAUCCCUUCGGUCCAUUCCUCUUUCCUGGACUACCUUUCCUCAGGAACGUGACGAGCAUGGCCACUAUCCGCCGCCUAGAUACUUGCAGGAGUCGAAGUCGAAGCUGUUGGUGACCAAGGGAGGUGAUGUUGCCGCACCAAAUUGUGGAUUUCCCAUAUGCAGCGCACUCACGCAAGACAAACGUGUCGAACUGCUGAUGGAUCUUCGCGACCUCAUGACCAUUGAUGCACGAGAUCCAAUAUUCUCGCUCAACAGUAUGAAGCAAGGCAUACAUCUCUAUUCACGAGAGAUCGCCACGGAGUACUGUUUCAUCCACCGGGAGCUAUUUUUCAUCUACGACCGGGACAACAUCCGAGAGGCGUUUCUUGAGGUGCUCGGAGAACAAUCUGGUCCGGAACUGCUUUGGGCGAUCAUUUCCUUUGGAUGGGCAUUUAUGCGCAGUCACGACCAUCAUCAGACCCGUGUCGCGGGAGACAUACAGCGCGCAUUGAGAGCGAAGGUGCUCAGUCACCCUAGACUGGCCUCGAGUCCGCCGCUGUGGCUCGUGCAGACUCUCUUCCUCAUACUGCUCUUUGCUAGAUACCAAGGCGGAGCUGAAGAGUACGGCGCUGCAUCACUAUUUCACGGCGUCUUGCUAGGAGCGGUUCUGCGACUUGACAGAGGCUCCAGGACUAUGUCGGUGCAACAGGGUUCAGAGCAGUCGUCAGCAGCUCGCGAGUAUGCGAAGUGGGUGGAGGCUGAGUCUGUGAGGCGACUGAUUGUUCAAGUCUUCGUCAUGGAUGUCAAAAAUGCCUUACUAUUUGGUGGUGAGCCUUUGAUGUCGUUCAGAGACAUGAUGGACCUCCGGAUACCAAGCGAUACAGACGCUGCUUGGUACGCUCAGAGUAUGGAAGAAUGGCACGCCAUGAUGUCCGCUCGUCCAGAGUCACUUGCAGAUCAUGCAGCACAGUCAUUCGUUGGCCUCUUGAAGGACCUAUGGCAGUCCCGAUCGACGGAUGGAGGAUCAAGCAUGCGUUCAAUCACCCUGAUGUACGGUAUUCUGUCUAUUGCCAGGGAGCUUGUGCGCCGAGACGACACCAUCGUUGCUACCACCAAACCAGCUCGGACCUCCGCUCUAGCGCUUACGGUCGAGCGUUCGCUUACGAUCUGGGAGCAGUCAUGGCUCAAAGCGGUCCACGACACUGAGAUACCAUGGAUGCUGCCAACUUGCACUUGCCUCUUGACACUUGCAAGAUAUACGCUGUUCGAAGUCUCUCCGGUAGAUUUGCAAGUUGUUGCCGGCGGACACGUUGUAGAUGGAAAACGCAGAGGUCGAGCAGACUACGCGAACGCGCUACGAAAGGUCAAGGCCUGGGCUAAGGACGAUCGAGGUUUGAAGGGCCUGUCGGGAGCCGCGAAGAUCAUCCAGAGUCGUCUCCGCGGCGACCAUGUCAAGAAGCAUUGUCAACACUGUCUGUGGUGUCUGGUCCUAGCUGCCUUGAUGUGCUGGAAUUUCGAAUUUGUCACAAGCAGUACCAUGAGCCCUGCAGACUUUAUACAGGACGGAAAACUGCGCUCACUGGAAGCAGCGCAGCAGCAAUGCCAACAGUAUCUCGAAGUGGCCGCGGACCGCAUACAGCCUGUACAGCCUGCAUCCAUCAUACCUAGUACCGUCGGCACCUUGGUCAUGGUUACUCGAUAUCUCCAGGACUCUGUCGACAUCGGCAUGCUCCGUGAAGGCAUCGAGCUGCUCCGACGGCUGACGGGAAUCAAAGAGUGA